GGGAAGCUCCCACCUGGCCCUCCUCCUCUCCCAGUUAUUGGGAACCUUCUACAGUUAGAUGUUAAGAACCUCACCAAAUCCUUCAAUUCCAAUAUUCUCACCUCCAGCCUCGGCCCUCUUCUGCAUCAUCCACAGGACCUGAAAACUGCUCAGGCCCUCCCCAGAAUCCUUUACUUUGGUGUCAUACAGCAAACCUAGCCCAAGUUCUACUGUGUGUUUUCUCUUCUGUUCUUAUUUCUCAACUUCCGUCCAUGAGUGAGAUCAUCCCAUAUUUAUCCUUCUCUUUCUGGCUUAUCUCACUUAACAUGAUUUCUUCAAGCUCCAUCCAUCAUGAGGUGAAGAAGCUGACUUCAUUACAUUUUUUAAAAUCUUUGUGAAUAAGUUUUAUUUUAAUUUUUAUUUAUAAAAAUGAAACAUUGACAAGACCAUAGGAUAAGAGGGGUACAACUCCACACAAUUCCCACCACCAGAACUCUGUAUCCCCUCUCCUUGUCUCCCCUCACCUUAUAACUUUCCUAUUGUUUAACCCUCUGGGAGUAUGUAUCCAAGGUCAUUGUGGGAUGCAGAAAGUCUGGAACUGUUAUCUUUCUCAAUUAGUUAUUUAAUAUUGAUUUACUAAAUCACAAGAUUACAAGGGUAUACUUCCACACCUUUCCCACCACCAGGGCUCUGUGUCCCUAUUCACUCCAUUGGAAACCUUAGGUGUUUUCCCAAGAUCACAGAUAUGGGUUGACUAUUAUUUCAAAACUAUGUAUAUUUAUACAUAUUUGCUCAUGUUUCUAUGGUUGUUCCUUCCCUUCCUUUCUAAGUCAUACCUAUUACUUCUGAGUUUCCUUCCUCCCCCUCCCCACACUUUCUCUCUCUAGGUCCAGAUGGAAUAGGAAUUCAGAGCUCUCUGGUCAUCUUCCCCUGACAUUUACCUUUCAGGGAAUAUGGACCAAACUUCUUUAUGGGUUGCAGGAGGUGGAGGAUCUGGCUCUGUCAUUGCUUUUCUGUUUGAUGUUUGCAUUGCUGUCAAAAGUGUAUGGCCCUGUGUUCACUGUGUAUUUUGGCAUGAAGCCCACUGUCGUUCUCCAUGGAUAUGAAGCUGUGAAGGAAGCCCUGACUGAUCUGGGGGAAGAGUUUGCUGGCAGAGGCAGCUUCCCGGUAUUUGAUAAACUUAGUAAAGGACAUGGAGUUGUUUUCAGCAAUGGGAAGAUAUGGAAAGAGACCCGUCGAUUCUCCCUCAUGACCCUGCGGAACUUUGGGAUGGGGAAGAGGAGCAUUGAGGACCGAGUUCAAGAGGAAGCCCGCUGCAUCGUGGAGGAGUUCAGGAAAACCAAUGCUUCACCCUGUGACCCCACUUUUAUCCUGGGAAGUGCUCCCUGCAAUGUGAUAUGCUCAAUUAUUUUCAAGAAACGUUUUGAUUAUUCAGAUGAAAUGUUUCUGAACAUCAUGGAAAGACUUAAUGAAAAUGUCAGGAUUAUCAGCUCUCCAUGGAUUCAGCUCUGUAAUGCUUUCCCUGUCCUACUUGAUUAUUUCCCAGGGAGGCAUAACCAAGUGUUAAAAAAUUAUGAUUUUAUAAAAAGUUACAUUUUGGAGAAAACAAAGGAACAUCAAGAAUCCCUAGAUGUUAAUAAUCCCCGGGACCUGAUUGACUGUUUCCUGAUUAAAAUGAAGCAGGAGAAACACAAUCAGCAGACUGAGUUCACUCUGGAAAACUUGGCAACCACUGCAGUUGAUCUGUUUGCAGCUGGGACAGAGACCACGAGCACUACCCUGAGAUAUGCCCUCCUCCUGCUGCUGAAGCACCCAGAGGUCGCAGCUAAGGCCCAGGAAGAGAUUGAGCGUGUGAUUGGCAGACACCGGAGCCCCAGCAUGCAGGACAGGAGCCACAUGCCCUACAUGGACGCCUUGGUGCAUGAGGUCCAGAGAUACAUUGACCUCCUGCCCAUAAACCUGCCCCAUGCCGUGACCCGUGACAUUAAAUUCAGGAACUAUGUCAUCCCUAAGGGCAUGACUGUAAUUACCUCACUGACAUCUGUGUUGCAUGAUGACAAAGAAUUCCCCAAGCCAAACAUGUUCGAUCCUCACCACUUCCUGGAUGAGAGUGGCAACUUUAAGAAGAGUGACCACUUCAUGGCUUUCUCAACAGGAAAACGGUCAUGUGCAGGAGAAAGCCUGGCACGUAUGGAGCUGUUUUUAUUCUUGACCAACAUUUUACAGAAUUUUACCUUGAAAUCCCUGGUGGAACCCAAGAAUAUUGAUACCACCCCAAUUGCCAAUGGAUUUGCUUCUGUACCACCUCCUUACCAGAUCUGUAUGAUACCUGUGUGAAGAAAGACAGGCUACCCACUUUUGGUUGUGAUUUUUCAUCUGCUUCCUCACCUUGGCUUCUUUCAUUUCCUUCCAUGUUCUUCCACCUUAUGGCAUUACCUUCUCUAUCCUCUCCCCCUGCAACAGCCCCGUUCUCUCAAGAUUUAGAAAUGCCUUACCUCCAGGAACAAAGAGGUCCAGUGACUCAUUGUGACUGCUGUUCUUUACAGUGACAUCAUUUACUGCUAUCAUAUGUGUUAAUGUGAUCUACCGGCAUGUAGUUUUCUGUAGUUAAAAUGCCACUGAGCAAAGUGAUUAGUCUUACCAAAUAGAAUCAGCUCUUGUCAGUAUGUUUAAAUUAAAAAAUUCAUCUUUAUGGCUGGGCGGUGGCAAACCUGGUUGAGUGCACCUGUUGCAAUGCACAAGGACCGGGGUUCGGGCCCCCAGUCCCCAUCUGCAGGGGGAAAGCUUUACAAGUGGUGAAGCAGUGUUGCAGGUGUCUCUCUGUCUCUCUCCUAUCUCUACCAUGCCUUUCCCUCUCAAUCUCUGGCUGUCUCUAUCCAAUAAAUAAAUAAAGAUAAAAAAA